AUGGCUGUCGAGGCAUCGUCACUAAAGGCAAAGCACGUUGAUGUUCACUUACUGCCUAUCAAAGACCUUGGCCGCGUCAGCAAGUUUCUAGGCACGCUAAAUGGUGACGGAGGCUACAAUAUCGAUCAGGAGGGGGUAAUUGGCAAUCUCCUGCGUACCAACGGACUUAAGGAUGCAAACUCGGUGCGCGCGUUGAUUGGUGACGACUGCUAUGACGAGAAUCUUGACGGAGUAGCGAUGCUUGGAGCGUCGAACAAGCGGUCUGGCCCAACGAUACGCGAGUUCCAGUCACUCGUGGGCAGCUUGCUAUGGGUUGCGCGCUGCAAAAAGCCCGACAUCGCCUUUGCGGGCACAGUGAGCUUGAAGGUCACGAUAGCGCCGGCGCAAAACCGUGACCAAAAAGUGUCUCGACGGGGAGCGUUUAGCAACGCUGAUUCUGCGGUCGAUAAGGCCGACAGGAAGUCGAUGACCGGCAGCGUACUUCGCCUUCACGGCAUGGCACGCGAAGUGCUUGGCCUUCGCGAGAUGCUGAGCGAGAUUGGCAUUGCACCAGCUGUUCCUAUGCCGCUUCAAGAGGGGGUAAUUGGCAAUCUCCUGCGUACCAAAGGACUUAAGGAUGCAAACUCGGUGCGCGCGUUGAUUGGUGACGACUGCUAUGACGAGAAUCUUGACGGAGUAGAGAUGCUUGGAGCGUCGAACAAGCGGUCUGGCCCAACGAUACGCGAGUUCCAGUUACUCGUGGGCAGCUUGCUAUGGGUUGCGCGCUGCAAAAAGCCCGACAUCGCCUUUGCGGGCACAGUGAGCUUGAAGGUCACGAUAGCGCCGGCGCAAAACCGUGACCAAAAAGUGUCUCGACGGGGAGCGUUUAGCAACGCUGAUUCUGCGGUCGAUAAGGCCGACAGGAAGUCGAUGACCGGCAGCGUACUUCGCCUUCACGGCAUGGCAGUGAGUCGAGGCGCGCAUAAACAGGGCGGCGUGUCUCUGUCAAUGAUGAAGGCCGAUUUUGUCGCUGUCUCGUAA